UUGAUCCACUAGCUAAUCUUCUAAGCACAUGACACAUCAAAAAGUACGAAGUCUUACACUAAGGCUGACUACACGCAGUCCAAAAUCAAACGCCAAUAUUAUAAAUUAAGUUCCUUUCUGCGAGGACGACAUGUUCUUGUAAUUUAACAACCGAUUCAAAAACUCACCCACUGCCAAUCUUUCAACUUCCAACAUCAAACCUCAGAUAUCACUCCAACGCUCACCUCCAACAAAAUGACGCUCUUCACUUCCAUCUUCCGCCCUAUCUACAAAUACUUCUCCAAACCCAAAAUAAACGCCACAGAAAAAUCUAGCAAAAAAAUCGAGCCAGAAAAACCUAACAAGGAAUCUGAUCCCGGCAACAAAAUCAACACUCAACCACAACCAAAACCACAACCAAAACCACAAACACCUAAAUCUAAGCCUCUCAGCUGGUGGGCCUCCAUAAAGCAGAAACUAGGCCUCGGGAAAAAACGCGAGAAUUGCAAUUGCCGAAACGAAUCGGCGGAAGAAGGAUUUGCUAGGUUCAAGCGUUGGGUUGAGAACGGUGGUAUGUUUGUUAAUCCGGAUGGAACGACGCCCACAAUCAGGGUAGUGCAUACGCCCACAACAAGGGUAGUGCAUAGUUGUUAUCAUCAUCGUCGUGCUCCUCGGUCUCGGGCGUGGAGGUUUGAUGAUAACGUGCUUGUGGCGGCGUACGGGUCUGGUAUGUUCGACGAGCACAGGUUUUAGGGGCUCGCUUACGAACAUGGGGACAAAAGUCCGUGCGUUCAGGCUGUAGAACCUCGAAAUUAAAACUCUUCACAUUAGGACUAAACUAUCAACAACUCCACCAUUAUGGAUCCUUUUACCACUCCACCUAUGUCUCCAC